AUGCGUGACCGGAAUCUGGAUCAGUGCAUUAUCAUCUCGGGGGAGAGUGGAGCAGGCAAAACAGAAGCCAGUAAGGUCAUUAUGCAGUAUGUGGCCGAAGUGUCUGGAAAGGGUCAAGACAUUGACCAUGUCAAAGAGCAGCUUUUAUUGUCCAAUCCAGUCAUCUGUAACAUCCGUCUUAUUGUCUUCUCUUCCGUCUUAUUGUCUUCUCUUCUGUCUUAUUGUCUUCUCUUCUGUCUUAUUGUCUUCUCUUCUGUCUUAUUGUCUUCUCUUCUGUCUUAUUGUCUUCUCUUCUGUCUUAUUGUCUUCUCUUCUGUCUUAUUGUCUUCUCUUCUGUCUUAUUGUCCUCUUCCAUAUUAUUGUCUUCUCUUCUGUCUUAUUGUCUUCUCUUCUGUCUUAUUGUCUGCUCUUCUGUCUUAUUGUCUUCUCUUCCGUCUUAUUGUCUUCUCUUCUGUCUUAUUGUCCUCUUCCAUAUUAUUGUCUUCUCUUCCGUCUUAUUGUCUUCUCUUCUGUCUUAUUGUCCUCUUCCGUCUUAUUGUCUUCUCUUCCGUCUUAUUGUCUUCUCUUCUGUCUUAUUGUCUUCUCUUAUUGUCUUAUUGUCCUCUUCCAUAUUAUUGUCUUCUUCUGUCUUAUUGUCUUCUUUCUUCUUAUUGUCUUCUCUUCUGUCUUAUUGUCUUCUUCUGUCUUCCGUCUUAUUGUCUUCUCUUCCGUCUUAUUGUCUUCUCUUCUUCCGUCUUAUUGUCUUCUCUUCCGUCUUAUUGUCUUCUCUUUCUCUUCCGUCUUAUUGUCUUAUUGUCUUCUUCUGUCUUAUUGUCUUCUCUUCCAUCUUAUUGUCUUCUCUUCCGUCUUAUUGUCUUGUCUUCUCUUCUGUCUUAUUGUCUUCUCUUCUGUCUUAUUGUCCUCUUCCAUAUUAUUGUCUUCUCUUCCGUCUUAUUGUCUUCUCUUCUUGUCUUAUUGUCUUCUCUUCUUGUCUUCUUUCGUAUUGUCUUCUCUUCCGUCUUAUUGUCCUUCUUCUUCAUUCUUCUUGUCUUCUCUUCCGUCUUAUUGUCUUCUCUUCCGUCUUAUUGUCUUCUUUCCGUCUUAUUGUCUUCUCUUCCAUCUUAUUGUCUUCUCUUCUGUCUUAUUGUCCUCUUCCAUAUUAUUGUCUUCUCUUCCGUCUUAUUGUCUUCUCUUCUGUCUUAUUGUCUUCUUCCAUAUUAUUGUCUUCUCUUCUGUCUUAUUGUCUUCUCUUCUGUCUUAUUGUCUUCUCUUCUGUCUUAUUGUCUUCUCUUCCGUCUUAUUGUCUUCUCUUCCGUCUUAUUGUCUUCUCUUCUGUCUUAUUGUCUUCUUUCAUAUUAUUGUCUUCUCUUCCGUCUUCCAUUGUCUUGUCUUCUUCUGUCUUAUUGUCUUCUCUUCUGUCUUAUUGUCUUCUCUUCCGUCUUAUUGUCCUCUUCCAUAUUAUUGUCUUCUCUUCUGUCUUAUUGUCUUCUCUUCCGUCUUAUUGUCUUCUCUUCCGUCUUAUUGUCUUCUCUUCCGUCUUAUUGUCUUCUCUUCCGUCUUAUUGUCCUCUUCCAUAUUAUUGUCUUCUCUUCCAUAUUAUUGUCUUCUCUUCCGUCUUAUUGUCUUCUCUUCUGUCUUAUUGUCUUCUCUUCCGUCUUAUUGUCUUCUCUUCUGUCUUAUUGUCUUCUCUUCUGUCUUAUUGUCUUCUCUUCCGUCUUAUUGUCUUCUCUUCCGUCUUAUUGUCUUCUCUUCCGUCUUAUUGUCCUCUUCCAUAUUAUUGUCUUCUCUUCCGUCUUAUUGUCUUCUCUUCUGUCUUAUUGUCUUCUUCCAUAUUAUUGUCUUCUCUUCCGUCUUAUUGUCCUCUUCCAUAUUAUUGUCUUCUCUUCCAUAUUAUUGUCUUCUCUUCCGUCUUAUUGUCUUCUCUUCUGUCUUAUUGUCUUCUCUUCCGUCUUAUUGUCUUCUCUUCCGUCUUAUUGUCCUCUUCCAUAUUAUUGUCUUCUCUUCCGUCUUAUUGUCUUCUCUUCUGUCUUAUUGUCUUCUCUUCUGUCUUAUUGUCUUCUCUUCUUCUUGUCUCCUCUUUUGUUCUGUCUUAUUGUCCUCUUCCAUAUUAUUGUCUUCUCUUCCGUCUUAUUGUCUUCUCUUCCGUCUUAUUGUCUUCUCUUCCGUCUUAUUGUCUUCUCUUCCGUCUUAUUGUCUUCUCUUCCGUCUUAUUGUCUUCUCUUCUGUCUUAUUGUCUUCUCUUCCGUCUUAUUGUCCUCUUCCAUAUUAUUGUCUUCUCCCUCCUCUUAUUGUCUUCUCCCUCCUCUUAUUGUCUUCUCCCUCCUCUUAUUGUCUCCUGCCUCCUCUUAUUGUCUUCUCCCUCGUCUUAUUGUCUUCUCUUCCGUCUUAUUGUCCUCUUCCAUCUUAUUGUCUUCUCUUUUGUCUUCUUGUCUUAUUGUCUUAUUGUCUUCUCUUUUGUCUUAUUGUCUUCUCUUCCGUCUUAUUGUCUUCUCUUCCGUCUUAUUGUCUUCUCUUCCGUCUUAUUGUCUUCUUCUCUUCCGUCUUAUUGUCUUCUCUUCUGUCUUAUUGUCUUCUUCCGUCUUAUUGUCCUCUUCCAUAUUAUUGUCUUCUCCUUAUUGUCUUCUCUUCUUUAUUGUCUUCUCCCCGUCUUCUUCUGUCUUAUUGUCUUCUGCCUCUUUAUUGUCUUCUGCCUCCUCUUAUUGUCUUCUCCCUCGUCUUAUUGUCUUCUCUUCCGUCUUAUUGUCCUCUUCCAUUUUAUUGUCUUCUCUUCCGUCUUAUUGUCCUCUUCCAUAUUAUUGUCUUCUUUUUGUCUUAUUGUCUUCUCUUUUGUCUUAUUGUCUUCUCUUUUGUCUUAUUGUCUUCUCUUCCGUCUUAUUGUCUUCUCUUCUGUCUUGUUGUCUUCUCUUCCGUCUUAUUGUCCUCUUCCAUAUUAUUGUCUUCUCCCUCCUCUUAUUGUCUUCUGCCUCCUCUUAUUUUCUUCUCCCUCGUCUUAUUGUCUUCUCCAUCGUCUUAUUGUCCUCUUCCAUAUUAUUGUCUUCUCUUCCGUCUUAUUGUCUUCUCUUCCGUCUUAUUGUCUUCUCUUCUUAUUGUCCUCUUCCAUCUUAUUGUCUUCUCUUCUGUCUUAUUGUCUUCUCUUCUGUCUUAUUGUCUUCUUCUUCUGUCUUAUUGUCCUCUUCCAUAUUAUUGUCUUCUCUUUUUCUUAUUGUCUUCUCUUCCGUCUUAUUGUCUUCUCUUCCGUCUUAUUGUCUUCUCUUCCGUCUUAUUGUCUUCUCUUCUGUCUUAUUGUCUUCUCUUCCGUCUUAUUGUCUUCUCUUCUGUCUUAUUGUCUUCUCUUCCGUCUUAUUGUCUUCUCUUCUGUCUUAUUGUCCUCUUCCAUAUUAUUGUCUUCUCUUCCGUCUUAUUGUCUUCUCUUCCGUCUUAUUGUCUUCUCUUCCGUCUUAUUGUCUUCUCUUCCGUCUUAUUGUCUUCUCUUCCGUCUUAUUGUCCUCUUCCAUAUUAUUGUCUUCUCCCUCCUCUUAUUGUCUCCUGCCUCCUCUUAUUGUCUUCUCCCUCGUCUUAUUGUCUUCUCUUCCGUCUUAUUGUCCUCUUCCAUAUUAUUGUCUUCUCUUUUGUCUUAUUGUCUUCUCUUUUGUCUUAUUGUCUUCUCUUCCGUCUUAUUGUCUUCUCUUCCGUCUUAUUGUCUUCUCUUCCGUCUUAUUGUCUUCUCUUCUGUCUUAUUGUCUUCUCUUCCGUCUUAUUGUCCUCUUCCAUAUUAUUGUCUUCUCCCUCCUCUUAUUGUCUUCUCCCUCCUCUUAUUGUCUUCUGCCUCCUCUUAUUGUCUUCUCCCUCGUCUUAUUGUCUUCUCUUCCGUCUUAUUGUCCUCUUCCAUUUUAUUGUCUUCUCUUCCGUCUUAUUGUCCUCUUCCAUAUUAUUGUCUUCUCUUUUGUCUUAUUGUCUUCUCUUUUGUCUUAUUGUCUUCUCUUUUGUCUUAUUGUCUUCUCUUCCGUCUUAUUGUCUUCUCUUCUGUCUUGUCUUCUCUUCCGUCUUAUUGUCCUCUUCCAUAUUAUUGUUGUCUCCCUCCUCUUAUUGUCUUCUGCCUCCUCUUAUUUUCUUCUCCCUCGUCUUAUUGUCUUCUCCAUCGUCUUAUUGUCCUCUUCCAUAUUAUUGUCUUCUCUUCUGUCUUAUUGUCUUCUCUUCUGUCUUAUUGUCCUCUUCCAUAUUAUUGUCUUCUCUUCUUUCUUAUUGUCUUCUCUUCCGUCUUAUUGUCUUCUCUUCUGCCUUAUUGUCUUCUCUUCCGUCUUAUUGUCUUCUCUUCUGUCUUAUUGUCUUCUCUUCCGUCUUAUUGUCUUCUCUUCCGUCUUAUUGUCUUCUCUUCUGUCUUAUUGUCUUCUCUUCUGUCUUAUUGUCUUCUCUUCUGUCUUAUUGUCUUCUCUUCCGUCUUAUUGUCCUCUUCCAUAUUAUUGUCUUCUCCCUCCUCUUAUUGUCUUCUGCCUCCUCUUAUUGUCUUCUCCCUCGUCUUAUUGUCUUCUCCCUCGUCUUAUUGUCUUCUCCCUCGUUUUAUUGUCUUCUCCUCUGUCUUAUUGUCUUCUCUUCUGUCUUAUUGUCUUCUCUUCUGUCUUAUUGUCCUCUUCCAUAUUAUUGUCUUCUCUUCCGUCUUAUUGUCUUCUCUUCCGUCUUAUUGUCUUCUCUUCUGUCUUAUUGUCCUCUUCCAUAUUAUUGUCUUCUCUUCCGUCUUAUUGUCUUCUCUUCCGUCUUAUUGUCUUCUCUUCUGUCUUAUUGUCUUCUCUUUUGUCUUAUUGUCUUCUCUUCUGUCUUAUUGUCCUCUUCCAUAUUAUUGUCUUCUCCCUCCUCAUAUUGUCCUCUCCCUCCUCUUAUUGUCUUCUCCCUCCUCUUAUUCUCUUCUCUUCCAUCUUUUUGUCUUUUCUUCCGUCUUAUUGCCUUCUCCCUCCUCUUAUUGUUUUUUUUCUUCCAUCUUAUUGUCCUCCCUUUCAUUUCAAUGUCCUCUUUUCCAUCUUAUUGCCUUCUCUUCCAACUUAUUGUCUUCUCUCCUCUUCCAUGGCUCUCCUCCUCAUUCUUUUCUUCCUCACAUCUUUCUCUCUUUCUCUCUGA